AUGGCGUUCGGUCCAGAGCGGCACGAUGUGUUCGACUUCACGCUCCUCUUCGAGCAGAGCAUUCUCGGCAUCCUCCCUUCUGUUUUGUUUAUUUUGGUUUCUAUAGCCCGAGCAACAUCGCUGUGGCAGGUGAAGACCCGUGUGCGUGCUGGAUGGCUCCUGUGGGCUAAGCUCGUAAGUCGGUCGUUGGGGACGGACGAGGACAUUCAGUAUCGCCAAUUACUUGCGGCGGCCACAACGUUGAUUUGGGUCCAAAUCGCCCUUGUUGCGCUCUGGGCGCUGCCGGGAACCGUUAGGACGCCGGUGUCACUCGCUAGCUCUGUCUUGGAUCUCAUCGGAUCAUUCGUCAUUGUCGUACUAUCAUACACAGAGCAUCGCCGGUCUAUCAGGCCGUCGACCCUCUUGGUCAGCUAUCUCGCCCUCUCCAUCUUGCUUGACCUCGCGCAGACCAGGACACUGUUCCUAAGAUCCCCAGACAGUGGCCCAAUACAGGCCUUAUUUACCGCCUCAUUGGCAACAAAGCUUGUGCUUGUAUGCCUUGAAGAGCUACAAAAGCGCCCCUUGGUGACCGACAAGACCAAGAACCUCGCCUUGGAGGCAACCAGUGGCCCUAUCAAUCGGUCGGUCUUCUGGUGGCUGAAUCGGCUGUUUUUGAACGGCUUCAAAAGUCUGCUCCAGGUCAGAGACUUGGGCAGUAUUGGCAACAAGUUUGACUCACCUAAGCUCUUAGCCAAGCUCGAUGCCGUCUGGCAGGCAAGCGACAGAAGCGGGAAACAUGUUCUCAUCAAGGCGGCUUUUUCUGCCUUCAAGGUCGCCUUCCUUGCUCCAGUCGUCCCUCGUCUUUGUCUCGCUGGCUUCGGCUUCGCCCAGCCUUUUCUGAUCAAUCGAGUUGUGAGCUUUGUUGGGGAGAGCGAUAGAGGUGCUGAUCAGCGGAAUGCUGUUGGUAAUGCCGGUGGACUGAUUGGUGCUACGUGUCUGGUCUAUCUGGGGCUUGCAGUGAGUUGGCUCGUCCCCAAACGAAGAGAUCCCAUCAAACUAACAUCCUCCGCCAACAAGCUAUCAAGAGUCAUCUACAACCAUCUCAUAUUUCAGCUGAUCACAAUACUUCGGGGAAGCCUUGUGCCAUUGAUCUUCAAGAAGACCAUCGGUCUUGAUACUACCUCUGCCAAAGAGGGCGCCGCAGUCACUUUGAUGAGUACUGACGUGGACGGUAUUGCCACUGGUAUUCAGCUGAUGCACGAAAUCUGGGCAAGUGUUGUAGAGCUGUUUGUUGCUGUCUACCUCCUGGAAAGACAAAUAGGACCUGCGUGCUUCCUCGUCGUUAUUCCAACUGUUGUGUCCGUUAUUGCCACGAACUAUGCGACCGAUGGCAUUGGCCCCGCUCGAGCGAUAUGGAACCAAGCUAUACAGAAAAGGGUUUCCAGCACAUCUUCGAUGCUAACGCAGAUCAAGGGCCUGAAGAUGAUGGGUCUCACUGACUAUAUUGCUAAAUCGAUUCAAGACCUUCGGGCCAGCGAGCUCGAGCUGUCGAAAAUAUUUAGAGCGUUUAUCGUAAAGAUAGUAUUGAUAGCAAACUUCUCGGACCAAGCGACUCCAGUAGUUGUGAUAACAGCAGCUGUGUUUUGGACAAAAUCCGGGACUGAUGCAUUUAGUGUUUCCGAGGCGUUCACCAGUCUGUCUAUCGUGGCGCUUGUCGUGUCACCCAUGGCCAACCUUAUGGGGUCGAUCCCAAACUUCAAGGCAUCUGUUGCUUGUUUUGAUCGUAUCCAGGCCUUCUUGGUGUUGGAAAGCCAUGAGGAUAAAAGGAUCGAUACAAGUACCACUGGUGAAAUCCCAUCCCCGUCUACGAGCGAGAGCGAUCAUCUUGUCUUAGCACAAAGGCAAGAACACUCAAAUAUCGAGCUCCCCUUGAUUCGAAAGCCACACGCCACUCGACUUGUCCUAGAACAUGCCAAUUUCACGCUAAAGAGCCAGACAGAGCCUGUGCUUCAGGGCAUCACCGUUUCUCUUCCAAAGUCCAGCUGCACAAUGCUCGCUGGCCCUGUAGGCUGCGGUAAGUCUUCCCUUCUUAGAGGUAUCUUGGGUGAGAUCCGCCUCUCUGGCGGGACAGUUAGGGUUGAGGACGUCGGCGCAUCGAUAGCUUACUGUGACCAAACUGCUUGGCUCCGGAACAUCUCCAUUCGUGACAACAUCAUUGGUCCGGGGCAAUUUGAUGAGAGGUGGUACGCCUCCGUGUGCCAUGCCUGUGCCCUCAACGCCGAUAUCUCUCAAUUCCCUCUGGGCGACAAGAGCCUGGUUGGGAGUGGGGGCAUCACUCUUAGUGGAGGACAGAAACAAAGAGUGGCAAUCGCUCGAGCACUAUACGCACGAAGAGCUAUUGUCUUGCUCGACGACGUCUUCAGUGCCCUUGAUAGCGUUACUUCCCGAACAGUCUUCAACUGCGUCGUCGGAAUUCUGCGAAAGCAGGGCGCAACAGUGCUGCUAGCGACCAACGCAAUCCACCAACUCCCCUUUGCAGACAAUAUCAUCGUGCUUGAAACAUCCGGCCGUAUUGCGCAGACUGGCAGCUUUGCCGAGCUGCAGGCUCAGGACGGCUAUGUGAGAAGCCUCGCGUUAAAAACGCGUUCCAGUCAUGAAAUUGAAGAUAUACAAAACGAAGACACCGACAUAACCGCUGAUUCGGCCGCUGCUAAGGCUGCGGGGGAGGAUGAGAGCGACUUUACACGACAGACCGGGGAUCGGUCAUUAUACAAAUUCUAUCUGAAGUCGACCGGGAUACCUCUAUCACUCGGAUUCCUACUUAUCGCCAUUUGCUGUGUCGGCGUAAAACAGAUGUCAAUUGUUUGGGUACGCAUCUGGACUGAGCAUGGCGUGGACCAAGAUCGUGGUGCAUAUUUCAGCGGCUAUAUUGUCUUCGCAACAGCCACCGUUAUUUUGACUGGUAUGGUAGGUUGGUUCGUCACCUUCUUGAUCAUCCCAAAAUCGGCCAAGUAUCUUCACUGGCUUCUGCUGGACGCAGCUGUCGGAGCGCCGCUGUGGUACUUCACUACAACUGACAGUGGUACCAUCCUCAAUCGCUUUAGCCAAGACAUGACACUCAUCGACCAGGCAUUGCCAAUGGCCUUCUUCGCCACGACUAUAGAUUCGCUCACCCUUUUUGCCAAUGCUGCCGUAAUUGCGUCGGGCGCACAAUACGUUGCUGCCGUGAUUCCUUUCUGCAUCGUAGCGCUAUACUUCCUACAGAAAUACUAUCUUCGUACAUCGCGUCAGCUCCGACAUCUCGAUCUCGAGUCCAAGUCGCCGUUAUAUACGCAUUUCACCGAGACGCUCAACGGUGUGGCGACUAUUCGAGCCUUUGGCUGGCAGCAAGGCUUCCAGGAGGAGAAUCUUCGGUUCCUCGACCAGUCCCAGAAGCCUUUCUAUCUCCUGUUCUGCGUCCAACGAUGGUUGAACGUCGUCAUGGACCUGUUUGUUACAGGCAUCGCCAUCGUUCUAGUGAGCUUUGCUGUUGGGUUUACGAGUACAACAUCCCGCGGCGCGAUCGGCCUUUCCAUGGUAACUCUCAUUGGCUUUAACAAUAGCCUUUCGAGGGUAAUAAUAUCUUGGACGAAUAUGGAGACAUCUCUUGGCGCUAUCGCUCGAUUGCGCAACUUCAUACGAGACACGCCCCGAGAGGACUCUGGAGUGCAAAUUCUAGAGGCGCCUGUGUCGUGGCCCUCGACUGGCGUCAUUCAGAUUAAUGGACUUACUGCUACCUACCAUCUGGAAGAUGAGACGGUACUUCGUGACGUAUCGCUUCGGAUUCAACCAGGCCAGAAGGUGGGAAUUUGCGGGCGUACAGGAAGCGGUAAGAGCUCGCUGCUACUAAGCCUUCUGAAACUAUUGGAAACCCAGUCAGGUUCAAUUACAAUCGACGGGCUCGAUUUGGCGUUGGUGCCGAGCGUAGUACCUCGAACCCACCUCACAGCUCUCCCCCAGGAUUCCGUGACGCUACCAGGCACCGUCCGUACAAACCUCGACCCUCUAGAGACGGUUGCCGCUGACGAGAUCCUGAUCGAUGCCUUAUCUAGUGCGGGCAUGUGGGAGACCAUCAGCAGCCGCGGUGGUCUGGACGUAGACUUCGAGAGCCUCGGACUAUCUCACGGGCAGAAACAGCUCUUCUGCCUAGCUCGAGCCCUGCUGAGCAAGAGCCCCGUUGUGCUCCUUGACGAAGCCACUAGUAGCGUUGACCACUAUUCAGAUGAGCAGGCGCAAAAGGUGCUACGGGAGGUUUUCAAGGAGAAAACGAUGUUGGUAGUGGCGCACAGGCUGGAGACUAUCGCGGACCUGGAUCUCGUCGUUGUUAUGGAAAAGGGACGGAUUGUGGAGGUAGGCGAUCCUCGUGAGCUGAAGAGCAAGCCUGACUCGCUUUUCUGGACGCUCUGGGAGAGCCGACACGGUUGAGACGGAUUCUUUAGUUGGUUAAUAAAGCCGCUUCAAAGUGAAUGACGAGUUAUAUUAGUUAUCUUGUUAACAAUUUCGCCUAGGUAGGAACCC